CGGCCCGGCUCCACUCGGCUCGGCUCGGCUCCGCUCGGCUCGGCCCGGCGCGGGAUGCUGCUGCGGGUGCGCGCUGCCGUGGCGCAGCUGGCGGCGGGGCUGGGCGCGGGGCCGGGCGCGCAGCCCCCCGCAGAAGGCCGGGGCGGCGGGGCCGGGGCCGGGCGCGGAUCGCCGCCGCCAGCCGCGUUCUGCCGGCCGGCCUUCCUGCAGCUGACUCCCGAGGAGCUGCGCCGCGCCGACGACCACACGGGGCGGGCGGUGCAGAGCCCCCGCGACGGGCGCCGCCGGCUGCCCUGGAGCACGGGAUACGCAGAGGUGAUAAACGCAGGGAAGAGCCAGCACAAUGAGGACCAGGCGUGCUGUGAGGUGGUGUUUGUGGAGCAGAGGCCCAGCCCGAGGGGCUGCCUGUCAUCCAGGGAAGGCAGCCGGGAGCUGGAUGGGGGCAGGAAAGGUUUUUAUUUCCACUACUGGGCGUUGUUUGAUGGCCAUGCAGGCAGCGGUGCUGCUGUCAUGGCAUCGGAGAGGCUCCACCUGCACAUCUGUGAGCAGCUCCGGGAGCUCGUGGAGAUCCUGCAGGACCCCUCCCCACCUCCCAUCUGCCUCCCACAUGACACACAGAGCGGUUCUGCAGACACAAACCAGAUGUCCAAUGCAGAGGACUGUGGGGAGGUCCCCAGCGAUGCUGUGCCACGGUUUCACCUGGAGAAAGCAGUGUCCCAUGAGAGCCUGGUGAUCGGUGCCAUCGAGAAUGCCUUCAAGCACAUGGACGAGCAGAUCGAGCGGGAGCGCGCGUCCCAGCACCUGCCUGGGGGCUGCUGUGCCCUGGCUGCCAUCUACCUCAUGGGCAAGUUCUACGUGGCCAACGCUGGUGACAGCAGGGCCAUUAUCAUCCGUAAUGGGGAAAUCAUUCCAAUGUCCAGGGAGUUUACUCCAGAGACAGAGAGGCAGAGGCUGCAGUUUUUAGCACUGCUGAGGCCCGAGCUGCUGGGGAAGGAGUUCACCCACCUGGAGUUCCCUCGCAGGAUCCAGCCCAAGGAGCUGGGGAAGAAGAUGCUCUACAGGGACCAGAACAUGAAUGGCUGGGCUUACAAAAAGAUAGAAGAGGAUGACCUGAAGUUUCCACUUAUCUUUGGGGAAGGCAAAAAGGCUCGGAUGAUGGCCACGAUUGGGGUCACGAGAGGCCUGGGAGACCACGACCUCAAGGUGUUCAGCUCCAACAUCCACAUCAAGCCUUUCCUGUCCUGCUUCCCAGAGGUCAGAGUUUAUGACCUCACGCAGUACGAGCACUGCCCUGACGAUGUCCUGGUGCUGGGCACCGACGGGCUCUGGGAUGUCACCAACGACGAGGAGGUGGCGGGUGUGGUGAUGGAGGUGCUGACCAGCUAUGAGCCCAACGACCCGUGCAGGGUGCUGCGUCAGGGGUCAGUGCUGAGCCGUGCUCUGCUGUGCCUCCAGGUACACCAUGGUGGCCCAGGAGCUGGUGGUGCGCUCACGGGGGGUGCUGAAGGAGCGUGGCUGGCGCCUGGCCAAUGACAAGCUGGGCUCUGGUGAUGACAUCUCUGUUUUUGUGAUCCCCCUGGGUGGCCCCGGCAACUACACGUGAUGCUGAGUGAGCCUGGGGCAGCUCACCUUGCCUGCAUGGAGACACCGUGCAGUGGGACACUGAGGCUGCCUCAGGGCCACAUCUCCUCUGAGCACUUGUUUUUGAGCCAGCUGCAAGAAGAGCAAGAAACCUGGAGCGUCAAUCUGUGCUCCUGUCGAGAGCAUCCCCCUCCCCGGCUUGCAUCCCAGUCCCAGGCGGAGACGGAGAGGCCUUGGAUAGAGUGUGAACACUGGGGUUGAGGGGUGUUUUUAUGCUGCUACUUUCUCAAUGCUGUGAAAAGCCUGAAGGCUCCUUGGCUCCUCAGCAUGUCCUUUGCCUCUUGCCAUGGCUGUGCUGGCUGCAGCCCUGUGUGAGAGCCAUGGGGCUGCUGGGGCACUCAUACCUGCUGCAGUCACCCCCUGUCUCCUGCCCUGGGAUGCUCUGGCCAGUGACACUGAAGCUGCUGCUGCAGGUGGGAGCUGGGGCUCAGGUGGGAUGUGACUGGGAGUAAAGCCCCACAGGCAGCUGGGCAGUGCUAAGCCUGGCACAAGUCCAGUUGUGGCCCCACAAUGGCCAUCCCAACCUUGUAUUCUCAAUUUUUAGCCCCUCACACCUUCACUCUGUCGUGGACUUUGCCUCAGUAUCCAGACAGGGAGACUGGAGCAGGGACCAAGCUCUGCUGUGCACCCAGAGCCCUGAGCAGGGACAAGCAAUUGCACCAGCACUGGCUGUGCCACAGGUUCUACCCCUGUCCUCUCUUGGCUUGGGUCACUGCAGUGCUUCUGGAGCCAAUUAUUUAUUAACUGCAGAGCUGAGCUGGAAAAUGUCUGAAUCCUUUCGUGGUGUGGGGAGCCUGUGAAUGCAUGUGUAUAUUUUGGAGUGGUUCUGAGUUAGCAGCCUCACACAGAGCAGCCCUAUUCAGGUGAGCUUAACAGCUUAACUGCACUGGAUCUGCUUUGCCCUGGGCUGGGAACCCACAGUAAAAGCAGCUUGGUGUGACCAGGGCAGGAAAGACAGCUCCCAUGUUUUCCUUAAUGGUCUCAGAACUGGUGCAGAGGGGAGCUGAGCAGUUGGUGUCUGCACUGGAUUUUUGCAUCACACACAUCUCUAACCUGGAGCAUCCAUUUCCCAGACCUCUGCAGAGUCCUGAACUGUGAGGGAUUGUCCCAUCCUGGCCCUGUGGGGAUGGGGAGAGCUGGGCCAUGGUCCCUUGUUUGGGAAAGGCUCUGUGGCACCAUCCUGUCACUGGGUGCAGCCAGCUCUUGUCAAGUGUCACCUCUAGUGAAUGUUGUGUGUGUCCUGUAACCAGCGAGAUGUAAAUAAACUGGGUGCACACAAUGGAAAGUGAAAGUUACACACGAGAUAUGGACCUGUUGGCACCCAUGCUGCAGGGAGUGGUGCUCGGGCCGGGAGCCUGUCCUUGUGUAGCACUGUGUGUUUAAAUAAAGAUUUUGCCACUCGCA